AUGGGAAACACAGCACAGUGCCGGUGCCACGAACAAGACGAGGAGCACGAUGUUGAUGGUGACAUCCUGGGGGAGGCCACUGUUUAUCUCAACAUCUAUGACCUGAACGAUGAGUGGCUGCAGUCCAACCAGAUCUCGGCGGACAUUCUCAACAUUGGAGGCGCCUUUCAUGCCGGAGUGGAAGUCCACGGGAAGGAGUGGUCGUUUGGUCAGGAUGGAAUCGACUGCCAGGAGCCUCGCACUCAUGACGUACAUGUCUACCGCAUGUCCAUCGCCAUGGGCCGGACAAGCCAGGCCGAAGCAGAGGUCGUUCGCUUCAUGGAUUUGGCAAUGGGAAGCCAAUGGCAUGGAUGCGACUACGACAUGCUUGAGCGCAACUGCUGUAGUUUUGCAGAGGUGGUGUGCAUGCACCUGGUUGGUAGAAAUCUCCCAGGCUGGGUGACGCGCUUCCCUCGUUUGGCCUGUACUGCUUCGCAGGGAGUAAACCACCUCAUCAACGUAGCCGAGCAGUUGGCAGCCGAGCAAGCCCACAAACUGCCAUGCAUCCCCGUAAGAAGUACUGACGCACUCCCCAAUGCCGAGGAGCACCACCCUUCGGACCAAUUCUCGGAAGAAGAGGUGGAGUUCAACGAAGACAGUCUUCCAAAAGUCGUCGUAUCACAGCC